AUACUUAAUAGACUCGUCUCAACACUGCUUUAUCAUAGGUGCGACCUUACAUUAAUAAAAACGAAUUAAAUUCAACUAAGUCGAAAACGAAGGAAAUUUUAGAGCCAACUAUUUAACGCCAUCGCAAACAUAGCCAGUCCUUGGUAUGAAGUUAAAGCAACAGUAGUUUGUUCGCUGUACUAUCGUGCUAUCUUAUUAUUAGUGUAUUAUAAACACCAUUCAAUAUUUAAAAGUCAAAAAUGUCUAAUUCGUUUGUUCUCGACGACAAAAAUCUGAUAACGUUGAUCACGGAACCGAAGCCAAUACUUUAUUCGUAUUGGCGCAGCUCCUGCUCGUGGCGGGUGCGCAUCGCUCUCAAUUUGAAGGAGAUACCAUAUGAUAUCAAACCCAUCAGCUUAAUCAAGUCGGGAGGUGAACAGCAUUGCAAUGAAUAUCGUGAGGUGAAUCCGAUGGAGCAGGUGCCGGCACUGCAGAUAGACGGUCACACACUCAUAGAGUCGGUAGCUAUUAUGCACUACUUGGAAGAGACGCGACCCCAACGCCCAUUGUUGCCACAGGAUGUUCACAAACGUGCAAAAGUGCGUGAAAUUGUCGAAAUCAUCUGUUCAGGUAUACAACCAUUGCAAAAUCUAAUUGUGCUCAUCCAUGUCGGUGAGGAGAAAAAAAAGGAAUGGGCACAACAUUGGAUCACACGCGGUUUCCGCGCUGUCGAAAAGGCAUUAUCCACCUCGGCUGGCAAGUACUGCGUGGGCGAUGAAAUUUCCAUGGCUGAUUGUUGCCUGGUGCCACAGGUCUUCAAUGCAAGAAGAUUCCAUGUCGAUCUACGCCCAUACCCUAUUAUUUUGCGUAUCGAUCGUGAACUGGAAGCUAAUCCCGCUUUUCGCGCCGCCCAUCCCUCCAACCAACCCGACUGUCCACCGGAAUUGCCAAACAAAUAGAAUUUUCCGUCAACAACUGCAAAGCGCCGCAAAACUAAAAAGUGAUCGCGAAUAGCACAACAACAACAAUAGCAGCAAUAAAGUAUAAACACAAACGCAACACGAGGGCGAAUUUAAAGGAUUUAAUGCAAAUGUGGCCGUUUCAAGCAGUUGAACCAAACUGAAAAAUUCAAAAUAAAAAAAAAAAUUGCUCGAUGGUGGGAAAUUUGGUAGAGAAAGUAAAAGGAAAAUAAAGCAAAACAAAUGAAAGAAAAUGUUAAAUAAGGCAUUGUAAAACUAUGGCAACUUAGAAUUGAAACAAAUUGGAUAAAGAUUUAAAAAGAUUAGUAGCAAGAGCCCUUAAAGUGGUCAACGCUCUUCUCUUUGAAAACAAAAAAUAAAUCUUAAAAAUGUGAAAGUAAAACUGAAAGAAAUUAAUUGUGAAAGCUGAUUAAUCAUUUAGAAAGUGAAAAAGCAUUAAAAAAAUUAAAAUAUUUGGCAACCAUUGUGAAAACUAUCUAAAAGAUAUUAGAUUACACAUACACAUACACAUACAUACACAAAUAUACUACCUUUAAGCGCCAAUCAUUACUUUUAAUAAAGUAUUCUUAAAAAAAAAACGAGAGUUACAAAGGGUUGAACGGUAAAUAUUUGAAAUUUCGAAAAGGAAAUAAAAUAAAAUUUAAGAAAUGGAAAACUACGAAAAGCAAAAUUAUAUUCAGGGAUUUUUAAGUAAGCAUCCAUAUUUACCUACUAUUAAAGCAAGUGAGAGAGGGAAUAGUAGAUAUUGAGACACACAUACACACAUACUCACACCUCACAUAAACAAGCCACUAACCAUUAAAUUGAUAAAAAUAAGUCCACAAAAAUCGUAACGAAAUACAAAACACAAAUAAAAGAGUACAAAAUGCAGUAAACUAA